AUGCGCGAUGCUGCUGCUCGUCUUGCUGUUCGUAGUCACAUGCCGUCUGUUGAGCGCGCGCACUUUAGCCAGUACAAGACUGCUAAGACUCUGUACGACGCUGUUGCUGCGCCCUACUCCUCCCCUGCCGCUGCUGCCCUUAGCCGCCUCAUGCUGCAGUACCUGUUCUCUGACCUAGCCGCUUUUGCCACUGUCGCUGACCUAAUUACACACCUCCGCACUAGUGACACCCGCUACCGCGCUGCGCUUCCUGCCGAGUUCUGCGCCAAGAACCCCCACCCUAUGUACAUCACCCUCUACUGCCUCGUCACCCGGCUCCCUGACUCCCUUCGCUCGGUCAGGGACCACUUCCUCUCCCUUUGCCCCACCACACUCACCUCUGACCUACUCGAGGAGCGCCUCCAUGCACCCGAGAAGAGUAUAGUCGCUGUAGGAGCCUCUCGUGGAGACCCUCGUGCCCCUUUCUGUGAAAGAUGCUCCCCCGUCCCCCUUUUGCCCUCUGUUGCUUCUGCUACUGCUGUCGACCUCGUUGGCACCGAGUCGGUCAGCGCUGCGUCUGCUCCUAGUCGGAGGCGCCGCAGUGGCAGGAGCAAGGGGGGCAAGGGUGCUGGAGGAGACGGCGAGGGCGGCGGUGGUGGCGGUGGAGGUGGAGGUGGGGAUAGAGGUGGGGUGGUGGCGGGAGUGGGGGCUUCAGCGGCGGCGGUGGAGGUGGAGGCGGUGGCGGCAGCGGCAGUGGGGGCGGAGGAAGUGGCAGCGGCGGUGAGGGUGGUGGCGGUAGUGGUGCUGGUCUGGGUGGCGCUGUGCAGCGGGGAGGUCCUGGUGGUGGCCAGCGCCAGCAGCAGCAGCGUUCUUGUGAGACCCUGUCGCCCCUGCAGCUUCGUGAGUGGUACGCUGGGUGUGGGAGGUCCAGGGAUGCUGGUCCUUGUGCUUACGAUAUCCGCACCGGCGAGCGCAGUGGGGAGACGUGUUGCUAUCUUUGAUCUUGAUUAUGAUGCUAUCCUUGCUGCUAUGUAUGCUGUGACUAUUAGUGCUGAGGGUGAUUGUUACGUGUGUGUUCCGCCCGACCCGGGCAUUGAGGCUGCUGCUCUAGGUGCUAGUGAGUGUGCUGCUCCAGGUGCUGGUGAGUCUGCUCUCUCAGGUACCGCGUCAGCUCAGGCCUUGCACACGUUCACCCUUGACUCGGGUGCUUCCCGCUCCUUCUUUCGCGACUGCACCACACUCUCGCUGCUUAGUCGACUAGUGGCAGUCUCCCUGGCUGACCCCUCUGGGGGUCCGGUCCUUGCAAACUCCUCCACGGUUCUGCUGUGUCUGGCGGUCCCGUCUGGCUCUCUGUCUGGCCUCCACCUCCCCUCGUUCUCCACGAACUUGGUGAGUGGAGCUGACCUUCAGGACGCCUGGGUUGACCAGUUCACUCCUGGAGGUCAGUGGGUGACCCACUGUUCGUGCACUCGGACGGGCCGGCACCUGGCCACGUUCUCCCAUCAGCCUGGGUCGAGCUUGUACACCCUGACUACCGGGUCACCUCCCCUUUUUGCGUCUGGUCAGGUAGCUGCGUCGAGUCAGGUGUUUGCUGCAGCGUCCCCAUCUGGUCCUGAGUCUUCCCCCUGCUUGUGUCGCCUCCUGUCUCACCAGACUCUUCUCUGGCACCACCGCCUUGGUCACCCCUCCAUGCCUCGUCUUCGAGGCAUGGCCUCCCAUGUCCUUGUCACUGGUCUUCCUCGGUCUCUCCCUCCCCUUCCCCCGGGGCCUGCCCCUACCUGCGUUCCUUGCAUCGAGGGGCGGCAGCGCGCCGCUCCUCACUCCUCCGAGUUAGCUCUGACGAAGGCUCCCCUGCAGACUCUUCACAUGGACGUGUGGGGCCCAACGCGCGUCCGUGGACAGGGUCACGAAAGCAACUUUCUGCUGGUCGUUGACGACUACUCGCAUUACACCACAGUCUUCCCCUUGCGCCGCAAGGGUGAGGUCACUGAGGUGCUGAUCGACUGGAUCCGCGCUGCCCGUCCUCAGCUCAGCGAGAGUUUCGGCUCGAACCUUCCUGUUCUGCAUCUGCACUCCGACAGAGUACGCUGCCAUCAGCUCAACCUUCAGCCCCGGGUCUCCAUGCCGGAGACCACACCUACGCUACGGUGGACGGGGAAGGUUGGCGAUGUGUCUGCGUUCCGUGUCUGGGGAUCUCGAGCUUUCGUCCGUGACUUGUCUGCGGACAAGCUGUCCUCCCGUGCUGUUCCCUGCGUCUUCCUUGGCUUCCCCCCUGACGCGCCUGGUUGGCAGUUUUACCACCCCACCUCGCGCCGUGUUCUGUCCUAUCUGGACGUCAUGUUUGACGAGUCGGUUCCUUACUACCAUCUCUUCCCCUACCGCACUGCCCCCCCUUCCCCCCCCGCCGCUCUUCCUCGCACCAAGUCCUCCUCCGUGUUGACUCUGGUGCGGCUAGGGGUGCCGAUCCUGCGGGUGCCGGAUCUAGGGGUGCUGAGCUUGAGCGUGCGGAGCCUGGGGGUGCUGAGCCUGGGGGUGCUGAGCCUGGGGUUGCUGAGUCUGGGGGUGCGGAGCCCGAGGGUGUUGAUCCUGCGCGUGUGGAGUCUGGAGGUGUUGAGCCUGGAGGUCCUUCGGGUGGUUCGUCCCGGCGGGAGCCGCUCUCUCCAUAGCAGCUGCGCGAGUGGUUUGCUCGGCACUAGAGCCAUGCUGCUAGAGCUGGUGGUGCUACGGGCGCUGGAGGUCCUCCUGCUGGUGGAGCUGCUAGGGGUCUUGGAGCCACUAGUACCGGAGGUGCUCGUAAUGGAGGUACUGGAGCUACUGGGCCUGGUGGUGCUAUUGGAGCUGGAGCUGUUGGAAGUGCUGAAGCUGGAGGUGCUGCUGGAGCCGGUGCUCCUAGGGGUGCUGGAUUUGGCACUACUGGAGCUGCUGGAGGUGCUGCUAGACCUGGAGGUGCUGCUAGAACUGGUGGUGCUGUAG